AUGGACGUCGUGAGCCAUUCCAUUCGUGAGCGCACCAUUGCUGAGAACAGUCUGGUGAUUCUUCUGCAGGGUCUGCAUGGCCAGGUGACCACCAUUGACCUGCGAGAUGAGAGCACAGCGAGGGGACGCAUUAUUAACGUCGAUGCUUUCAUGAACAUCCGGCUGGAGAAGGUUCUGUACAGGGACAGACGUGGAUUCAUGUCCAGUAUGGACGACUUGUUCAUCACUGGCAGAAAUGUGCGUUACGUCCACAUCCCAGACCACAUGAACAUCAUAGAGACAAUAGAGACCCAGCUCGCAAAAAUACACCGUGUGCGAAACUUUGGAGCAAGCAGUGGACGCAAAGAAUAUUCUAAGAACAAAUAGAUUUUCUGAGAAACUAAUGUUUGUCAAAUAGAUGGUUUUGUAAUGCACAGUUUUAUUUUUCAUUAAGCAAUGCAAUCAUGGAGCGAAAAAGGAAUAUAUAGUUAAAAUGUUGCUGGUUGGUGAUCGAACAAGCUCUGAAUAGUGUCUCUAGGAAAAGUGUGGGCAAAGUUAUUUCUGUUUAUUUUGUUUUGCUCUAGUGGUUUGAAAAAAAAAAACAAUAAACAGUGAAAUAACCAUGA